ACAGUCCUACCUUGUUAAAGAAUAAUCCUAUUAAUCCUAUAAUUCACUAUUGCCAGCUGAGAAAUUGGCAAAAAUAUCAUUUUCAACUUCAAAUUCAAACAUUUGAACAUAGCUAUUCCAUGGAGGUAAUAAGAAAACAAGGGAGGUAAUUGUGUUAUUAUUUCCUGUGUCAAUGAUUUUUAAGGGUGGGAAAUAAUGCCCAUGAUCGUAUAAUAGUGAGUUGAUAACCUAUAAAUUGAGCAAAAGACAUAGAAAUAAUUAUGUUUUGACUUUCUUAGAAAAUAUGAAAUUCUCGCUUUAAGAAAUGGACUUGGCCAAUGAAUGUGUUUUGAUCGGAUAUAAAAAGGGUCAAACUCAUGUUUGGGAUGGCCUAGUGGUCUAGAGCGCCGUGCUUCAACCUCUAGCUGGCCGGUCACUUCUGGCUUGCGGUUGUGGUUUCGAUCCCUGGUGUGAGGAUAUGUGGUUUGGAGAUAUAGGGGUGCCUUCUCAACCUCGUGGGUUUACUCCGGUUUCCUCCCACAGGACAGAGGGUAACCUUGUUUUGUAGACUAUGAAUGAUGAUUGUGUCAUGAAUGGAAAUGACGACCAAGCACAAGUUUUACAGUUCAUGAAGACAAUGGAAUUGUAUGCUGACCUUAUGGAAGCAGCCCAGACAGAAGUUAACAAGUCAAAUUUCAAACUGACCGAUUUACAAACAUCUAUUGAACUGACCUUCAAUAAUAAAGGAAGGAAUGGAGCAUUGAAAAAUGCUAUUUAUAAAUAUGUAUGUCUCCAUGCUGCCAAACAUUCAGAAGUACCAGUAGAUCACUUAAAAGAUCCUAUUUCAUAUGUAUUUAAAGCACAGCAAUCAUGGGAAAAAAAAAUAAUGAAAAGUUUAAAUAGCAUGUGUACUGAAUUAAAUGUACCACUUGCAAGACAGAGAACAGAAAAAGAGCAAAAAGAAUUUAAUCAUAUGUGGACUGCAUUGGGUGCAGAUGGUCCAGAUUUUAGUCAAAUACGACCAGUGUAUGCCCCUAAAGAUUUCCUGGAAGUAGUCACCAGUCUUAACAAUGUUAAUUACAGAUCAACCAAUCACAGUGGGUUCAACCUAUGGGGUAUCAUACAAAUACCUCUCAAAAACAGAACAAUGGACGAAUUACGAAUUCAGUUCAAUGAGAUGUCAAUCAAUCAAUGGCAAUCUGGCAUGGAUGAUGAACAAGAUAUAUCUGUUGAGAUUUUUGAUCAUGAUAGAAUAAAAUUAGGCCAAAAAGUCAUUGCAUCCAAACAUGCUCCACUGGCUUGUGAAUUUACAAAAAAAGGAAGUUCCAUCAGUUUAAGAGGUGAUCUUUGGUGCCAGAUGAUGGGAAUAAAAAUUGAUGAUGUGGAUAUUUUAUAUUAUGAGAAACUAAAGUCAAACGUUCUUCAACAUGAACUGUUAAUUGAUAAUUUACUAUAUAAAGAUGUGAAAUUAACAGCAACAAAUGAUGAUCAUUAUUUUGUUUUUGAAGAUUUUCUUUAUCAAAUUCUCUUGCCUUUUUCACGAGACACUGUUGUACUGAGAAAUUUAUUAGAGAAUUCAACUGCAACCCCUGCAAGAUCUUAUAUUCGAGGAAAAGUUGGUUUGGAACAGUUUGAAGUAUAUUAUCCACCAAGUGGGGUAAUUCCAUUCCAUGGAUUUGCAAUGUAUGUAUCACCAUUGUGUUAUCUAUAUAAAGAACCAAUAAAGUUAUAUUAUGUUUUUCGAGAGCUGUAUACAUGUUAUUUUUUCCGUCUCCAUGUCCUUUCAACAGACCCUCAGGGAAUUCUAUCAUUAAGUCAGUUAUUUGAGACUUUACUGCAAACACAUGAAGCUGAACUGUUUUAUCAUCUUAAAUCUGUAAAUUGCCAACCGUUAAAGAUAGCAUUUAAAUGGUUAAUGAGAGCAUUUUCUGGCUUUCUAGCAAGUGAUCAGGUUUUGAUUCUAUGGGACAGGAUUUUAGCAUUCAACUCUCUAGAAAUUCUAUCAGUGCUAGCUGUAGCGAUAUUUACUUUCCGGAAGACAAAUUUAAUGAAGGUUCAGACCUACAGUGCGGCUGAGGGUGUAUUGGCCGAUUUGACAACACUGCAAGUUCUUCCCCUCAUCCAGCUGAGCCUUUUUUGCAAGUAAUUCACUGCCUACAGUUAUGAAGUUUCUUUUACUUUCAGCCAUCGAAAAUGAAUGAUUGAUUAUAUUGUAUUUAUUUUGUAAAUUAUAAUGCUUAUAGUUAGCAAAACAUAUCUGUUAUUUAUACAACAUCAAUCCAAAUGCCUUGUGUUGUUACGCCUCGCUGUCCUUUCCUAAACUGCGUAAAGAUGCAAAAUGCCUAUUGCAGGUCUUUUUUUUUUGGCUUCAAAUGUUAUAUAAACUAUUAUUGUCCCCCGCCUUUCGAAGAAAGCAGGGGACUAUUAAAAUGGGUUCGUCCGUCUGUCUGUCUGUCUGUCUGUCUGUCUGUCUGUCUGUCUGUCUGUCCGUCUGUCUGUCCGUCUGUCUGUCCGUCACACUUUUUGGGACACAAUAACUCUCUUCCUAAUUGAGCUAGAAUGUUCAAACUUGGUGUAUGUGUUUAUUAGGUCAAUGCCUUGAUGGAGUUCGAAGAUGAGCAUUUUCCGCUUAGGGUAAGCAGAGAUAAGCAAUUUGAUUGGUUGAUGCUUUGGGACACGAUAACUCUCUUCCUAAUUGGGCUAGAAUGUUCAAACUUGGUGUAUGUGUUGAUUAGGUCAAUGCCUUGAUGGAGUUCGAAGAUGAGCAUUUUCCGCUUAGGGUAAGCAGAGAUAAGCAAUUUGAUUGGUUGAUGCUUUGGGACACGAUAACUUUUAAUUGAGCUAGAAUGUUCAAACUUGGUGUAUGUGUUUAUUAGGUCAAUGCCUUGAUGGAGUUCGAAGAUGAGCAUUUUCCGCUUAGGGUAAGCAGAGAUAAGCAAUUUGAUUGGUUGAUACUUUGGGGCACGAUAACUCUCUUCCUAAUUGAGCUAGAAUGUUCAAACUUGGUGUAUGUGUUGAUUAGGUCAAUGCCUUGAUGGAGUUCGAAGAUGAGCAUUUUCCGCUUAGGGUAAGCAGAGAUAAGCAAUUUGAUUGGUUGAUGCUUUGGGACACGAUAACUUUAGUUCUAAUUAAGUGAGAUUGAUGAAACUUGGUGUAUAGCUUUAUUACAUCAAUACCUUGACUUAGUUCGAUAAUGAAUAUUCUCUGCUGUCAUGUCAUGGCUGAGUUCAAUGAUUUACAUUAGUCGAUGCUUUGGGACAAGAUAACUUUGAUUCUAUCUGAUGGAGAGUGCUGAAACUUAGUGUAUAGUUUGAUUGCUCGAUACUUUUGAAAAAAAUAAAUGUGCGAUUAAUAAAUAUGUGUCAUCUAUUUAUUUUUGGACAUCAGCCUCACUGUUGGCUUGUUUAGACAUUUAUUAACAUAACAAGGUUAACAACUCUCUAGACUAUCAGAUGGCAGAGAUUUAAAUGGAUUUAAACGCCUGCUUGAUUAAAAAGUCUCAUUUGUCCAGUACCAUUGCUACAAUAAUAAACAAUUUAGGAUACAUCUUCCAACACUCAUAACUUUGAUUUGAAUAAAGUAAUUUGAAUGAAAUUUUCAA